AUGGAAAUUAGAUGUGUUGUGAAGAGGUUUUCUAGCCAUUAUCUAGUCCCUCUUGCAUCAUAUAUCAUUAUUGCUAUAUGUUUGUCUUUCCGCUAUAAAAAUGAUUUAAUUGAUACAUUUUCAAGUGUAUAUCCAACACAUUUUAGCCAAACUGAAGAUCCAGCAUAUAUUGUACAGCUUUCAGAUUUACAUGUCUCUCACAUUGAUAAAGAAACAGAGAAUAUCAGAAAAUACCUUUCAAUUGUAUUAAAACAUUUGAAUCCAGAUACAAUAAUAUUCUCUGGAGAUUUAGUAGAAGGAAAUAAUGCUUCGAGUACUUUAUCAUACCACAUACAAUAUCAAGAAAAUUGGGAACAAUUAGCAAAGGUUUUCUCUGAUUCAGGAAUUACUAAUUCUUCAGCGCAAAUGAUAUUUAGUGCAGGAAAUCAUGAUGUUUUUGGUGUCUCUGAUGAUACACCUGAGAAAAAUUAUUUUAGAAGAUUUUUCUUAAAAGAUGAAACUCCGUUUGAUCUCCAAACAUACAAAUUAAAUAAAUCAGGAGCUCCUAUCAAUGUUGUAGUAUGCAAUCCUAUGAAACCACCAGCAGCUCCAGGUCCUUUCGGAAUUAUGCCGCAAAUUGAUGACAGACUAUUAGAAAAAGUAGAGAAGAGUUACGAUCAAGAAGCUAUUAACAUUCUUGUUAACCACUUUCCAGUAUUUACUUUAUGGUCGGGCAGAACUAGGACAAAUCAUAAAAAUUACAAAGAAGUUUCUGCAAACUACGAUGUAAUACUCACCGGACAUUUACAUCAACAAUCACAAGUUAUAAAUAGAAACAAUGGAAACCUUGAAGUCAUUACAACUUCUCCAAUUAAUACACGAAAUGUCACAGUUUUGACAAUUGACAAUGGAAACAUCGCAGUUCAUACUAUUGAUCCAGCAAAUGAGUACCAAGCUCUUAUUACAUACCCUAUUAAUGUAAAUUCAUUGACAUCAAAAUCAAUUUUUAAUCAAAAAGAUUGCAAAAUCAAGGUUUUGAUUUUUGGUGAUAAUUCAAAGCCUGUAAAUAUUAAAAUUGACAACAAAGAAAUUGUUCAGCUGAAAUUAAGUAAGGUUUUGAAAAAUAAUGUGACAUUAUUUACAAAAAGGAUCAAGUUAGAAGAUGGGUAUCAUACAAUAGAAGUAAUAGGAGCAAACUACAUCCAAAAUUAUUAUAUUGGAGAUGAAAUUCCAUCUCAUUACGAAAAGAAUCCUCUUGUUUAUGCUGAUGGCUUUCAAACAUUUGCUUCUAUAAUUCAACCAUAUGGUGUUCAGUGCCUAAUCAUCUUCUUCUCAGUAAUGGCAUUCAUUAGAAUUAUUCCACUUUGGAAGCUGCCAAAGGUAGAAGCAAUUCUCAAUUCAUAUGAUAAUGAUCAGACAGAAAGCGAGAUUAGCUAUCAGAGACUAAUUUUGUUAAGCAUUUUAGAUUAUUUUACAAAAUUUAGAAGAAUUCCUCUAAUCUCAUAUAGUUACUUAAUCAUAUUAACCAUUUGGACCUUUUAUUUACCAAUGUUUAGACUUUUGAUCGAUGAUUGGUAUUGCACUCUCUAUGGAACUGGAUUAUAUUAUGAAAAUGAGUGGAGAAUUUAUUCAUUGAACUAUAUGAUCUGGUUGAUAUAUAUUUCAUUGCUUGUUCUCCCCGUUGGAACAUUAUUCUCAUAUUUGUAUGAAAAGAAGAAACAAGUAUUAGAUAUUGUACUUGUUUCAAUUCCACCCACAUUUGUAGAGCUUGUACUUGUUGUUCUCAUUGUGAUUUGUGGCAAAGUCAAUUCAUUAAUUCGCUCCAAUAUCUUUUAUAUGAAUAUUUUAAUUUUUGUUAUUCUUAUAGGCGAAUACAUAUAUAAAAGAUAUAUAGAAGAUUCACAACCUGGAAAAGAAGAAAUAGAUAACCAAGAUCCGUUGACAAAUCCCUAUGAUGAGAAAUUUCCAGCAAACCCAUGA